AUGACACACACUGACAAACCCCCGUUCGUCCCCCAAGCCAAUUGGGGCCGCUGGCUCUAUUAUUGGAGGGCUGCGUUCGUGCCAGAGCCCAGACAGAGUCGCCCCGCGGUUGAGGCGGUCGGCCGGCGAGGUGCGCAAUGCGAUCUGUUGCUAUGGCCUAGCGAUCAAGAAACAAUAGUCCGACCAUUGGGCGAUCCUCAUCUGAUGCCGCUUGCCAGGCCCAUGCCCAUGCCCACCCCUCCAGUGACUGAUGCUCCCACAGGUUGCCUGACAUGCUCGAACCUCGUCCCGAGACCAAUGCCAGCAUUGGACGGGCGCCUGCAGAUGGUGGAUUGCGGAUCGCAGAUUACUUGUACGGAGGUAGAGUACACAUUUGCGGCAGCUGCGCGCUGUAUGGUGCAAAAUAUCCAGAAUCCAACAUGA